AUGGCGGAAACAGUACAAUAUUAUCUCGAAAAAAUGGUACCUGAACUUGAGGAUUAUGAACGUAAAGAAUUAUUUUCAAAGCAAGAAAUAAAAUCCAUCAUUAGAAAACGAACAAAUUUUGAAUACUCAUUGAAGAAACGGCCUUGCCAAAAAGAUGAUUUUCUAAAGUAUAUAGAGUACGAAAUGAAUUUAGAAAAAUUGAGAAAAAAACGUAAAGAACGUUUGGGAAAGACAUCAAUAUCAGAUUACGCGAUUAUCAGAAGGAUAUAUCAUAUUUUUGAUCGCGCAGUUAUAAAGUUUAAAGGUGAUAUUCCUUUAUGGUUGCAAUAUAUAGAAUUUGCUAAAUCAACAGGGGCUGGAAAGCUACUUGGUAAGAUCUUUGGGAGCGCUUUGCAAUUGCAUCCAACGAAGCCUUUAUUCUGGAUACACGCUGCAAAAUGGGAGUUUGAGGCUAAUGCCAAUAUAACUGCUUCCAGAGCCUUAUUACAACGAAGCCUGCGUUUAAAUCCUAGUUCCAUUCAACUAUGGCAUGAAUAUUUCAAACUUGAGCUUGUUUAUAUCGAAAAAAUUAAAUCUCGACGAAAGAUUUUAGGAAUUUCUUCAAAAUCUUCAAUUUUGGAAAAAUCAAAUACUGGAGAUGUGAUAUUAAUUUCAGGGCUUGAAGACGAGAAUAAAUUUGAAGAUAACAAUAAAAUGUGCGGAGAAAUUGUUAAAACUGUGUAUUUGAAUGCUAUCAAUUCUAUCCCAUACGAUUUAGCAUUUCGUCAACAAUUUGUUAAUAUUUGUUUUGAAUUCUCUGAUACACAAAACAUUCAAGAUACCAUUUACGAAAG